AUGGACAAGCUCGCAAGCAAGCUCGGUGGUGGCUCUUCCUCCAACAAGCAGACCGGCAACCAGCAGGAGGACUACCUUGACAAGGGUCUCGAUGCUGCCGAGAAGAAGUACGGCGGCUCUUGGGGCCAGGACACCGAGAAGCACAGGGCGAUGAACGAGAAGAUCACCGAUACCGCUCGCGAGAAGUUCGAGAGCAUGACCGGCAAGGAUGUUCCCGACAAGUUCUCCAACUAG